GAGUAUAGACAAGAAAUAAUCAAACAAUCAACAUGCCAGGCUCCGCAACGAGGCUCAGCAGCCGUUUCAUAAAAGGACAGCGCAUAAGCAGCCGGACCUCUGAUGGCUCCACGCGGGCCUCUGUGACGCGAUCUCCCAGGAAAAGGGCAGUCGAGACCCUUCCUGCAGAGGAUAGACAGAAGAUAGACAGAGAUGGAUCCGGUAUCGGCAGCGGGGACAGCAGCCCAGUUCCUCAUGCUUGCUUACGCUGUUUCCUCGCGCAUUACGAAAUACUGCAGGGCCUCAGCCAACGUCCCCGUCAUCUACCAGGACCUCUCGACGCAGAUUCCCCUGCUGGCUGAGCUCUUUCGCAGUCUUGAGGGUGAUCCUGCUGUCAAUCCGGACCAGCGCCUGGAAGCCGUUAUCAACGGCUGUAUCCGGAAUCUCACGACCCUGAACAAAAUCCUGACCAAGGUUCUGCCUGAGAAGGGCGACUCGGUGGCAUCACGAGUCCUCAAGGCUUUGAGGAGCGUCAACGCCGAGAAUACCGCGAAGGAGUGCAAGGCUGAGCUCGAGAGCUACAAGACAACCCUAACCCUCUACCUGAGCACUCAGUCGUCCGUCAAGGCUGCUGCUGCUGCUGCUGCGCCCCCGGCCCCUCCCACGUACUACUACCUCCCCACCCUCGGACAAGGCCCAGCCAAGUUCGUCGGCCGAAAGGAUACCCUUGAGGCCAUCGACCGCGUCGUCAAAGCGCAAGGCAGAGACGCCGACACCAGGAUCGCCGUCCUGCUGGGCAUGGGCGGACAAGGCAAAACCAGCCUUGCGAUAGAAUACUGCAGACGCGAGAAGACACGCGCCCACUUUAAAACGAUCCUGUGGAUCAACAGUAUCUCGACCCUUUCCAUCCAGCGCAGCUUCGCAGAGAUUGCAAAGAAUAUCCUCGCGCUAUCCGGCGAGCAGAGAACGUUCGCCAAUAUCCAGGCCCAGAUUACCUUUGUGCACGGCGUCGUCGAGAAACAGGGUGGGCACUGGCUGCUGGUGUUUGACAAUUACGACUGGCCGCAGAAGGUCAAGAAUAUCCUCGAGUAUACGCCUCCGAACUCGAAUUCCACCUCCGGAUCGUCGAGCGGUGCUGUUAUCAUGACGACGCGCCAUGCGGAUGUUGCGCCGCUGGGCACCCUCAUCCCCGUCAACGGCAUGAACGAGGCAGAUGCGGUUGAAUUGCUCUUGCAGCGCACCGGACACGCGCGCACAGUUGCUCAUUUAACACAGGCUAGAGCUGUCGUCAGGGUCCUGGGAUAUCUACCGCUAGCCAUUGACCAGAGCGCAGCCUACAUUCGCUCGCGCAAGAUUAGCCCGGAGGAGUUCUUGGAUCACUACAAACACCGCAAGGAGAAGAUCCUGAAGGAUGUUCCCCAUAUCUGGGAGUAUCAGCGGUCACUAGGAGAAGGGGAAGGGGGAACUGAAACUCCUCUCGGGGUAUUCACGACCUGGGAGAUGUCGUUCCUCCAGGCGCAGGAGCACAGUCCCAUCGACGCCGACUCUCUCGGUCAUUUCCUGAGUACCCUUGCAUUCUUUGGUCCGUUGUAUGUGCGGAUGGAGAUGUUCCAGGCCUACUUUGAGGGCAUGCGCAGUACUUCCAUUCCAUCGUGGCUAAAGCCCUUUUCCAAUGGUGCAACCUGGGACAAAUUCGUAUAUCAAGACGUCGUCGUCUUCCUGGCUGAUCUAUCACUGAUCCAGCAUGUUUCCGGUGGCGAUGACAACGAUCUGAAUGACGCUUCAGGCUUCUGUACGCUCUCACUUCAUCCUCUCGUACGAGACUGGAUUCAACUGCGCAUCCCACCCAGCGAGAGACGGCAGCACAGCAUCGAAGCCCUCCUCGUCCUCGACCACUACAUCAAAUCAGCCGGCAUUGACUACCGCGACUGGACGCUGAAAGUGCGUCUCCAAGCGCUCUCUCAUGUCGACGCCAGUCUCGAGCUCCAAUGCACCUACGCUGCCAACUGGGCCGACGGGUCCAGUUACAACGAACUGCGUAUUGCAUUCAAGGCAAUCUGCACGUUCUACACAGACAACGGACGCUACGACGAGGCAGAGCGAAUCUGCAAAGACGUCCUCCUCGCGAGUAUAAAAGCACAAGCGAGCUGGGAGAAAAUCGCCUCAACAGAAGCCCAGCUCACCGACAUCUUCCUCCUGCAGGGCCGCUACACCGAAGUCGAGGAAGCCCUAACUCGCCUCCUCAGCUCCAAGAGCAGCACAGAAACCGACAGCACAGCCGACCAGGGCCAGGUCCGCAAGACGAAGACAAAAGUCCACAUGCUCAAGAACCUCGCACGCUCUCUCUUCAAGCAGGGCCGCUACGACGAGGCAGUGGCUAUGUACCACGACGCCCUCCGCCAGCAAGCCCUCUUCCUCCCCAGCAACGACCUCGCCGUACUCAACACCCGCGAGCUCCUCGCGCAAGUCUACCGCAACCAGGGCCAGCACGAAAAGGCCAUCGAGAUCUACACCAUGGUCCUAGACGCAUACCGCGCAUCAGGUCUCUCAAACCACCUCGAAGCUCUACACUGCAUGGUGAACCUCGCGAAUACAUACCGCGCACAAGCACGCUACGACCUCGCCACGCAACUCUACCAAACAGCCAGCAGAGAAGUCUCCGCCAGACUGCACGCCGACCAUCCCACAGCGCUAUCCACGAAGCUAUUCAUGGCGAUCAACCUCCGCGAACUCCAGCGCUACGACGAGGCAGAAGACGCCUUCCGCGACGUAAUCGAGCGCUCUGCACGAGUCCUCGGCCUCCUCCAUCCAGACACACUCAAGGCAACAAUGAACUACGCCAUCCUAUGCGACCGCUCGGGCAAGACUCUCGAGGCGGAAGAGCUCUAUCGCACGACGCUGGACGGGCGCGAGAAACGGCUCGGCGUGGAUAACCCUUAUACCCUGCGCACCGUCGAACGCCUGGUGAGUCUGCUCUGGAGCCAGGGACGCAGGGAGGAAGCACUGGCUAUAACGACGCGGACACUUGCAGCGCAGAAAAGGAGGUCUCGCUCUGGUCCUCUGCCUCCGCUCUCGAGUGCGCCGGGGACGCCGACGGGGUCGACAUUGGUAUAUGAAGAUCCGGACUCAGAUGCAGAGCUUGAUCCUGCCGAACCCAAAGGCAAAACUGUGGCAAAGGCUCAGUACCACCCCAUCGAAACGCUCUUCGAAGCUGCUGUAGCCCGGGACCUAGAAGCGCUGGACGCCGCGCACCGUGACCGUAUCGAAACCCAGAAAUCUCUUGCGGCUGUUUACUCCUCGCAGGGAAGGGUUGAGGAAGCGCAGCGUCUUGAGGGUCUCGCCCGGGACGGGGAGGAGCUUCUCAGGCAGAGACUGGGCGUGGAAGCUGUUGCAGCUAGUCGGCAUCGCUUGGAUUCUGAUGUGACUCUUGUCCAGGGGGUUUCGGACUUGUUGGCGGAUUCACCGAUUGAGGAUCCGUCGCCUCCUUAUUCGGAGAAGGGAGAAUGAGCUAGAGAUUUGUGGGUGAGGGUAAGAAAGUGAUAUGGUAGGAAAAGGCAGGCUGGACAAAUAUGGGAAAUGGAGCUGGAAAUCCCAUACAUCUCGUUCAUCAUACUAUACUUCAGGCUGUUCAGCAUAUUUUCCUAUAUACCAUUGCGUAGACAGCAGCCCAGUGUUUUAUAACAUCCUAUUAGCCAAAAUAUCACUCAACUACCUCCAGGACCCUCCCAACGUCUUCUUCUCUCCCUCGCAC